AAACGAAACAGGGAUUUCAACGGCAGAAUAAAUCUGAACUAGGUCAUUUGUUGCAGAUGAGAUAUGUUAUAACAAGGAAAAUGUCAGGAGACUCAGAAUUAGGAUUCACUGAACAUUUAUUUAAAAUUUUAGUGAUUGGAGACUAUAAAGUUGGGAAAACCAGCUUUGUUAAACGAUAUGUGAGAAAUCAAUUCUACGAGGAGUUGAAAACGACUAUAGGUGUGGAUUUUUCUAUGAAGGUGAUCGAUUGGAACAGUCACACGCGGGUGAGAUUACAGCUUUGGGAUAUAGCAGGUCAAGAGCAUGUGAGGGGACUGAACCGUGUGUACUUCAAGGGAUCCAGUGGCGCAUUUGUUGUGUAUGACAUGACAAACGGGUCAACAUUGGACGGAGCUCUGAACUGGAAACAUGAACUUGAUUGCCAAGUACUGCAGAAAAAUGGCCGUCCAAUUCCUGCUGUUCUACUGGCCAAUAAAUGUGAUGAGACUAAAGUGUGCCAGAGGAAUGCCUCUCUUCUGGAGAAAAUCUGCCAGGAGAAGGGUUUUAUUGGAUGGUUUCAGACAUCAGCGAAGGAGAAUAUCAACGUGGAUGAAGCUGCUAAAUACCUUGUGAAGCACAUUCUCCAGACCAAUGAGGAGUCAGUGAAAGAAGAAGAGCAGCACAUGCAGAUAAACCUGAAACAGCAGACAAAGAUCAAUUCUGCCUGCUGAUGAUUUUACAAUCCAACUCUAGUUCACCAUAGUCAACUGGAUCCGGGCCGUAUCCAGGUGAGACCAAGGACCUGCACCUUGACACAACCACAACGCAGCCCUGACGUAUCAGCAGAGAUUGAGUCAACUAGAUCAUCCACUGUGAGGGCCUCAUCGACACGACAGCCACGACACAGUUCCUCAACAACCGUCCAUACCGGCGUGAUCCUCAAUACGAUCCUCAAUUGGAUGGAACUGGAAUAAAUACUUUUAAUGUUGCGAUCCUAUUGGACUUAUGAUAGCAACCUGAAUUGUAACAAAGCACUGUUGGCCAGAGGAGAACUGGCCCCCGACUAAGCCUGGUUUCUCCCAAGGUUUUUCUCUCUCUAUUUUAACACCAAUUUGCCACUUGUCUGCCACCUGAUGUCACCUGAUGGAGUUUGGGUUCCUUGCCGCUGUCGCCUCUGGCUUGCUUAGUUGGGGACACUUAACAUUUGACUUGACAUUUGAUAUUCAACAGUGCUUUGAUCUGCCUGCAUUGACACUAUUCUUUAAGAGCUGCUGUGCAGCCAAAUAAUGUACCAGUUAUCAAUGUAAAGCUGCUUUGACACAAUCUACAUUAUAAAAAGCGCUAUAUAAAUAAAGGUGACUUGACUUGA